AAUUAAUGCUGGUUUGAGAUGUCAGACAUAUCAGCCUUGCUAUUGCUGAAAAAUCGACGAAAUGUCCACGACAAGCUGCAGUUUCCCGCCGAUCCAGGCGCGGAUCUGAAGAAAUUCAGUGCCACGGUAGCUGCCAUAUCCCAAGACACCUCCCGCUGUAUUAAUGAAGUCACUGAAUAUGUGUUCAGGAUCAAAGAAGAGGUCGCAUCCCUUAGGCUGGUUUUGGAGCAAUUCAAUGUUCAACUUGGGUCAAAAAUUAAAAGUGCCUUUGAUAAUGUCCUCACUAUAGGUUUUCAGAAUAGCAAUGGACUAGGACUUCGAUAUCAGCUGAAAGAAAAAAACUUGGAUCUUAAAAGAGCAAAACAUGUGGCAGAACUACAAAGGUGUGCAAAAAAGCAACAAGACUUGAUGGAAUCCAUUAAUAAAAUUGAUGGACUUAUAAUAAGAGUAGAAAAGGAAGGUAUAUUUUCAUUGGAUGACAUUGAUAAUACUAAUGAUUCCAUAAUUAGAUGGAAGAUUUGUAUUGAAAAACAGCAACAAAUGAGAUUAGCUGAGGAGGAAAAGAAGAGGAGAGAGAAGGAGGAAAUGGAACGGAAGGAAAAGGAGAGAAAGAGGAAAGAAGAAGAAGAGAAAAUUAGGUUAAAAGAAAUAGAACGCAAGAGACAGGAAGAGGAACGGCAGAAACAGGAGGAGAUGCUUAAGCAAAAGCAGGAGGAAGAAAGAAGAAGGAAGGAAGACGAGGAAAGGCAAAGAAUCGAAGAAGAGAGGAAACGUUUAGAAGAGGAAAAGAAACGCCAAGAAGAAGAAAAACGAAGGAGAGAGGAAGAGGAGAGAAGACAACGUGAAGAGGAGGAAAGAAGGCAGAUGGAAGAAGAGAGGAAGCGUUUAGAAGAGCAGAAAAGACAAUUGGAAGAGGAAAGAAGAAGAAUAGAAGAGGCAGAAAAAAGAAGACAAGAGGAAGAGAAACGGAUGAGAGAGGAAGAAGAACGUAAAAGAAUUGAAGAAGAGCGUAGAAUACGAGAGGAAGAGGAGCAAAGAAGAAAAGAGGAAGAAGAACGAAAAAGACAAGAAGAGGAAGAGAGAAAGAGACUUGAAGAGGAGGAGAGACGACGAAAAGAGGAAGAAAUGAAGAAAAGGAAAGAGGAAGAAGAAAGGAAACGUAUUGAAGAAGAGAAAAAACGCAUUGAGGAGGAAAGAAAAAGAAUUGAAGAUGAGAAACAAAGAAUAGAGGAUGAAAGAAAGCGGAGAGAGGAGGAAGAAAGAAUGAGACCAAUUAUUGAGGCUCGUCGCAGAGAGGAAGCGAAAAGAAGACGGGAUCCAAAUAAUUGGCCAACAUAUGUGUAUGACCGACCCAAAGUGAACGACUCUUUUCAUAAUGGCAUAUGUUGUGCUAUAUCUGCAAUAACAGGAGAACAGGGACUAAACAGAGAUGAUAUCGAAUGUCGAUUUUCUGAUCGUCAAGAUGAAUUGAGUCAUGCAUUAGCAGAUAAAUAUGAACAACCUCUAUCAUCACUCGUUUCCGUAAAAUCCAAACAUGGCAUGCAAAUUGAUCUGGAGAUGGCGAUGUAUUUGUACAUUCCGUAUACAGCUGUUCAAGGUCAUAGAGAAGUAAAAUUGAAAAUAUCGAAAAACGGCGGGAAGUGGCAGACGGCAACUCUCCUUCAAAGCCAUCCGAUAAAAAAUGCAUCGCUUCAUGGAAUACACUAUGGUGGUACUACUGUAAACAACUUUAAAACUAUUGAAAUUGUAGCUGUAUCGAAACCCAAAAGACAGUAUGAACCAAUCAGGGAUGAGAAUUCUAGAUUGUUGGUUCCAAAGACAUAUGUACAAGAGACGCUGAAUCCACCAAUGAGGGUUGUUGUCAGUAAAAUGAUGUUUUCUAACGUAAGACGAAUGGACGCUGCUUCUAGACGGCUAAAUCCUAUCAAAUCCUCCAGCAAGUGA